AUGACACUCGCUCAGGAUAUCCUCGCUCUUGCUAGUAAGGGGCCAGCAGGUCUCGAGGAGGCUGACCGGCUCGCCUUACUGCAGGCCUCUGAGAAACUCACACAAGCCCUGGAAACACCUAUGGACAAGUUUCUGCGUCAUUUCUUCGCAAUCUACGAUCCAAUCGUGACCAUACUGGCUGUUGACCUCAACCUUGUCGACAUCGCCAUAGCAAACAAUGGGCCCAUCACCGCCGCCGAGCUGGCAGAGAAGAGCAAAGCAGACCUCAGGUUAAUCAACCGCAUCCUCAAAAUGCUCGUACCCGAAGUCUUCACUUCGACAGCAGACACUCCACAACGCUACACCCCAACUACCUUCGGCCGUGCCAUAGCAAAGGGCGCGCCUCUUCGCAGCGCGAUCAUCCACUUCCACUACCACUUCCGUUCGGCCGUCAAGUUCCCAGAUUACUUCGCCGCAAACGGGUACCAGCACCCCGUAGACGCGCGCGACAGCCCCUUCUGCUUCGCCUAUGGCUGCAAAGGUGAGACCUACUUCGACUUUAUGAACAAGCCGGAGAACGUUAAAAUGUUCGACGCAUUCAACGAAACGAUGACGCUGGUAAAGCCAGGUGAGCACAACAAGUUUGUGCAAUCGUACCCGGUCAAGGAGCGCCUCGCCAUUACCGAACCCUCGCGCCCUCUGUUCGUCGAUGUCGGUGGCGGCGUAGGUCAUCAAGUAGUAAAAUUCUGCGAGCGUGCAGAAGGCUUGCCGGGUGUACGCAUGCUGUUGGAUCUUCCGAGCGUUAUCGCGCAGGCUAAAGGUCUGCCCGAUGGCGUUGUAACGGUUGGACACAGCUUCUUCGAUCCCUUCCCACCGGUUGUCAAGGGCGCCAAGGCUUUCUACCUGCGCAUGCUUCUGCACGACUGGCCCGAGAUGCAAGCACUUACCAUCCUGACGAAUAUUGUCAACUCAAUGGCUGAGGAUAGUGUGGUGUUAAUUCACGAGGUCAUUCUGCCGGAAACGGAGACGGAGGUUGUGCACUUCGAUGCCAAGAUGGACUGGCAGAUGAUGAACUUGGGCUCUUCGGAACGCACUGAGGCGCAGUGGAAGGACUUGUUUGGAAAGGCUGGGCUGGAGAUAAGAGGGUUGUGGUGGGAAGAGGAGGGUACGAAGGGUAAGAAGGCGUUGAUGGAGCUUGGGUUGAAGAAAUGA